GUGUACAUUAGAAAAAUAAAAUAUGGUCGUGAAUUUUUCUUCCAAGUGAAAUCCGUUCGUCAUCGCACACGUUCGUAGUCCAAUUUGGAAAAAAACCUGAAAAUAUUAUUCAAAACUUCAACCAAAACAUAAUAAUCAUUCAAUUAAAUAAGAAAACAAUAAAAUUCCCUUAAAAUAUUCAUCAAAUUAUAAUCGACCCAACAAAAUAGAAGAAGAAAACUUUUCUUCAAGUUGUGGAAAAUUUCAUUAAAAAACACAGGGUGGAGGAAAAAAUAGAUAAAACCAACAAGAAAAAAAGAAAAAAGAAUAAGGAAUGAGUGAGUGCGAGUGGAGAACAAAAAGCAGGCAAUAAUAAAGUAAAGACACAAAGAAAAAAGAAACGCGUAUAAAAAUACAAAAAGUUUUUUAAAAAAAAUAAAUAAGAGUGAAGACGACACAACAACGUCGACGGUGACGGUGUGACCAAGACAACCAGCAGAGCAGCACCAGAACAGCACCAGCAGCAGUGAGCAGUUCCCUGUGACAGUCACCAAAACGAGAAGCGAAAUAAUAUGACAAUCAAACCAGUUGGGAGUCAGAAGUCUGCUGAUGGCGGAAAGAAAGACUCCCAUGGUCAUGUUCAGGUCGUCGUUGGAGGAGAGGCUCCAAAUCAAAAUGUCGUCCGCUCCACACAUCGCAAUGUCGUAAUCGACAGCCAUGCAGCACAGAGUCCACAACGUCGUGGAGAUGUUUACGAAGAGAUUUCUCGUCACCGUCGUAGUCCCCACAAAAGCAGUGGACGCCCCAAACGCGAACACCACAAACGUGAAAAGAACACAUCAACAGUUCAGAAAUGCAUUAGUCCCCAUCGUCAGACGUGUGUCCCAGUUCUAAGUAAUAAGCCGCCAAUUGAGCAGCAACAGUCCCCAUUAUCAACGUCACCAUGCCAAGCACAAGAUUCAGUUGAUGACAUCACAACUGCCAGUCUAAUAAAAGCCGUAGAAGAAGCCUAUUCCGGUUAUAACAGUGGCGAUGAGCAUUUACGCAACAAGGAAGACAUCAUAACUCCCGACGAAUGGCGAUUGCGCGAUGAGCAAUUCGAUAAACUUAUGUCCGAGCAGGGAUUCAUUGUGCAGAAUAUCGAAGAAGACGGAGCUUGUUUGUUUAGAGCCAUUUCUCUGCAAAUCUAUGGCGAUGAGGAAAUGCACGAUCAGAUUCGUCAACAGACAAUGGAUUAUCUUUACAAAAACCGCGAGUACUAUUCGCAAUUUGUCACUGAGGACAUCAACAGUUAUAUCAAGCGCAAACGUAAAAAGGAUUCCCAUGGCAAUCACAUCGAGAUCCAACUAAUGUCGGAGCUUUAUAAUCGCCCAAUUGAAUUGUAUUGCUAUAAGUCGAUGCCGAUUAACAUCUUCAAUUCUGAGCAACAGAACAAUGGCUAUCCUCCCUUGAGACUGGCAUACAUGCGAGGAUCUCAUUACAAUGCAAUUAUCGAUCCUUUCAAUGCCACUGUAGGUGUUGGACUUGGGUUAGCCGGCUAUAAGCCAGAGUUGCAGACAAAAGACGCAAUGGUUUUGAGUGAACAACUCGAGAUUGAACAGACAAUGUUUGAGGAUAAAUUGAAGACAACCGAUUGGGAGGCCACAAAUGAGGCAAUCGAAGAGCAAAUCGCUCGGGAAUCCUAUCUGCAAUGGUGUCGCGAGAAUAUGCAGCAAAAGGUGAGUGGUGGUGAGUUAGAAACUACAACCAGCAGCAACUACGCCAGUGGUAGUGGAGGAGCAGCUAAUACAACUGCUGCUGCCACAACCACAGCGACAGUAACUUCUGCAGAAGCCGCCGCCAUCGCGUCGCCCUCAAAGUACCAUCAACACCGAUUGAGGAGCUCCACAUGCACCGUAACCAAUGAAAAUCUCAAUUCUUCGACAUCGUCAACCUCCUCCGUGGGGUCAGUGCCGCCUGUGCCGGCUCCGUCUCCCGCCUCGGCUGAAACCUCAACAACAAUCACGCCGGCUGCGUUGUCUGCUUUGAAUGUUGGCAAUUUGUCGCCGAAGUCUUUGACUGCAUUUGCGCAGAGCUUGCGGAAGGAUUCGGAACUGUGCUUUGACAGUGAUGACACGGAUAUGAGCAGUACCAGUUCCAUUGAUCAUCCCUCAGGCGAGAAGGGCGCCAAUCGUGGAAAGAAGUCAAAGAAUCGUGGGGCAAAUUCUAGACUUAGUAAAAGACGGCGUCGAGAGGUUGCUGGCGGCAGUGGCAGCGCCGGAACUGAAUUAGGAGAAGAGAAAGACAGUGAUGAGAGUGAAAAGAUCACAACACCCAAGCAACAAAAAGCCACAAAAUUCUGUGAUUCUGAGACGAAAAAACUUUCACGCCCCACAACUCCAAUAACAUGCUCGCUCUUCUUCACCGAAAGCACCACAAACAAUCAACAGCAGAUCUCUGACGAGAAGCCUGCUACCUCCUCCCCAAUACCAUCGUCCUCUUCGACUUCCUGCUCCUCAUCGCCUGGCACAUCAAAGCAAGUUUCCCAUAGAGAUGCCACCUUCUUUUCAUCAUCUCCACCUCCCACAUCGGCAUUGCCAUUGGCAACAGCAUCAGCAUCGACACCACAGAAACCUGUGUCGUCAUUUUACCAAUCUUUGUUGGAAUCCUCCUACGUUGCUGAUGGUACGUCAGAUGGAUUUGCACAGCUGUCAGAAAGUGAAAUGCUCCAACAGGCAAUUCAGCUCUCUACACAGGAAUACUUGGAGGAUCAGAAACGAAAAGGCGGGCUUUUACUCUAAGUUUAGUUCGUAACUAAAUUAAAAAUCAGAAAUAACUUUUUAAAAAUAUCUAUAAAUAUGUUUAACCAUUCUAUUUUCUACCAACAAAAAAACAAAAAAACUCUCCAAUCUCCAAUCAAAACAAAAAAACACCCUCACAAGAAUGAAUUUCUCAUUCACUCUCUCUCGCUCUUUUAUUGUAGAACAAAAAUAUUUCAAAAAAAGAAAAGAAUAAAAUACAAAUUGCAAUGUAAAUUGAGCUUAAUUGAAGUAAACAAAAGUAAUUAUAUAUAAAUAGGUAUAAAAUAUAUCAAAGUAUUAACCAUUUAAGUGGAAAUUAUUAUAAUAAAUAAAUAAAAAAAAUAAAAAUACCACAAGAACACAAUUUCUAGGUUCAUCGAGGAAAAUUAUGAAACAAAACUUGAUUAACCUUUUUUUUUCUUUUAUCGAGCGAUAUUAAAUAUUUUUACUUAUUUUGUUUCUAAAAUUUAUUAUUGGUUAAACAUGAAA